UAACUAGACUAUAUUUUAAAUAAUAAUUAUUUAAUAAUUUAUCAGGUCAGAAGAUGAUUCUAUUACUUAUUAUUUAUGAGUAAAAUAAAAAUAUAAAAUCUAUAGUUCACAUACUAUUAUUUAAUAUAUCAUAUUGUAUAAUUAAUUAACAAAUUAUGACUCCAAAAACGGUAGUUGUCACUGGUUUUGGACUUUUCCGAGACUAUAAAGUGAAUGCAAGUUGGGAGGUUGCUCGAGUAUUACCGGAAACUGGCAUCGCUGAAGAAUUAAACAUAAAUUUGGUCACAAUCAAUAUUCCUGUAUCUUACAAAGACGUUGAUCAGAUUGUACCGACACUCUGGGUCCAACAUGAACCUGCUCUAAUGGUUCAUUUGGGUGUAUCACACUUGGCUAAAACGUUGACUGUUGAGUUAGUCGCUAAUGGGCAUGGUUAUUGUGGUAUAGAUAUUCAUGGGAACGGUCCUGAUGAUAAGUGUUUAAUUAAUAAUGAACUUGAAACAGGCUUGAAAAUGGAAUGCACUGAUGAAUUAGAUAUAUGCACAUCUCGAGAUGCAGGAAGGUAUUUAUGGGCCAAGAGCAUUUAUAGUUUUCUUGAUUUUCAUUUAUACCUAUUAUAUGUAUUAUACAGGUAUUUAUGCGAGUACAUUUAUUUUAAGUCACUAUCUAUUAAUAAAAAUCAAACUAUAUUUAUUCAUGUGCCACAAUUGGACCAGGAUAAUACAGCUCAGAAACUAGCUGAAAAACUUAAAUGUGUUAUUAGAAAAUUACUGGAACAAGUUACAAAAUGAUUUUAUAAAAUAUACCUUUAAGUAAUAUAAUUAUUAUAUAGGUAUAUAUAUAUUUAUAUUAAUUAUAAAAAUUUAUAUAAUUUGUGAUAAUUUUUUCUUUAUUACCUUUAAUUUUUUAUUAAUGUUGUUUAUGUUGAUACAUUUUUGAAUUUUAACUGUUAUGCUUAUGACUAUUAAAACAAUAUUUGAUACAAUUAUUACAAUUAGUGGCUGUAUGCGGAGACUGUACCAAUUAUUAUGUGGUAUAAAUUGUUUUCAGUUAUUUGUAAGCAUUUAAAUAUUUUAUUUAAUAUAUUAUAACUCUCUAUAAAUGAUUAAUCAGUAUAGAUACUUGUCUAUAUGAUUAUUGAUUAAUGAUGUUUAUGUGAUUAAAGAACAAUUUGUUCAUUUUAUUUUUAUUUUUAUUUAUACUUAUAAGUGCAAUUAGGGGUAACACACUGGUGAGCACACUAUUAUAUAGUUAUCUUACCCAAUGUCGAGAGAUAAAUAAUUUCAUUUAAAAAAUAAAUAAAUUUAUUAAAAAAUUUUGAGUUGAUUUUA